CUUGGCUGUGAUUCGUGUGUUCACUCGGAUAAAUGUGUUGAAUCACCUUCUGGAGCGCUAUGCGUCUGUCAAUCGGGAUAUCACGGCCUUCGCUGUGAUCAACCAGGAGAUCCCUGUGAUGCUGUGUCCUGCAUUCGUCCACUGGUUUGUCAGCCGCUCAUUGCUGCCGGCGGAACUCAGACCACAUGCAAAUGUCCCAUAGGAUGGACCGGACCAAAGUGCCUUCAGAACACUGCUGUGUCAUUCAACGAAAGCAGUCUAUUCAUUCAUCAGAGUCCUAGCGUCAUGAUAGGGUCUUUCCUCCGGCCCUCUGCCUACGCCCUGUCUUUUGCAAUGCGGACCACUGCUCCUACCGAUGUGCUCAUCUCUGUGAUCAACGAAGCUGGUUAUCAAUUACUAUCGCGUUCGCUGCCUCGUCUGACAUCCUUCGAUGUGUUCGCGACUCGAGUUGGGAAGAUUGGCGAUUCCGAGAGUUCUUUGCUGGCUGUCUGGCGGACUUCAGCCUUGACGAUAGUAAUGCUAUUGACCUCGCCAUGUCCAGCAGAGGCACUGGAAUCAUGCAAUGGUUAG